GCGUAGCGGGCGGGGCCGGAAGUGCCGCUCCCUGGUGGGGGCUGUUCAUGGCGGUUCCGGGGUCUCCAGCAUUUUUCCCGCUUGUGGUCCCGAAUCCGUCCGAAGCGGAGGCAGUAGAGCUUGAGGUCCUUGCUGGUGUGAAAUGACUGAGUACAAACUGGUGGUGGUUGGAGCAGGUGGUGUUGGGAAAAGUGCACUGACAAUCCAGCUAAUCCAGAAUCACUUUGUAGAUGAGUAUGAUCCCACCAUAGAGGAUUCAUACCGAAAACAGGUGGUUAUAGAUGGUGAAACCUGUCUGUUGGACAUACUGGAUACAGCUGGACAAGAGGAGUACAGUGCCAUGAGAGACCAGUACAUGAGGACAGGCGAAGGCUUCCUCUGUGUGUUUGCUAUCAAUAAUAGCAAAUCAUUUGCAGAUAUUAACCUCUACAGGGAGCAGAUUAAACGAGUAAAAGACUCAGAUGAUGUACCUAUGGUGCUGGUGGGAAACAAGUGUGAUUUGCCAACAAGGACAGUUGACACAAAACAAGCGCAUGAACUGGCUAAGAGUUAUGGGAUUCCGUUCAUUGAAACCUCAGCCAAGACCAGACAGGGUGUUGAAGAUGCCUUUUAUACACUGGUAAGAGAAAUACGUCAGUACCGAAUGAAAAAACUCAACAGCAGCGAUGAUGGGACUCAAGGUUGUAUGGGGUUGCCGUGUGUGGUGAUGUAACAAGAGUUCUAGCAUCAGAAAAGAGCCACUUUCAAGCUGCACUGACACCUGGUCCUGACUUCCCUGGAGGAGAAGUAUUCUUGUAGCUAUCUUCAGUCUUACAGAGAAGCUCCUGUACUUCCCCAACUCUCAGUAGAUCAGUAAAAUAUUCUCUAUUUGAGAAGUUCUCAGAAUAACUACCUCCUCAUGUGGUUGUCUGACCAGAGAAAUGCACCUCUUGUUACUACCCAGUAUUUUUCCUCCCUGGGUUCUCUCCCCUCACACACAUACACCUCUGCCACCCCAGGUUUUUCAUCUGAAAAGUAAUUCAUGCUCUGAAACAGAGAACCAAACUGUAGACAUAAAAUUCUGUUGAAAACAGUGUCUUGAGCUCUAAAGUAGCAACUGCUGGUGAUUUUUUUUUUUUUUUUUUUUUUUUUU